AGAGAGAGAGAGAGAGAGAGAGAGGGAGAGGGAGAGGGAGAGGGAGAGUAAUAUGAUAAUAUUCAUAUAUGUGGAUGAGUGUUCAUCAAUGGAGUGAUGGGCCGAGAUUUUAUGGUCUGAGUUAACUAUAAAUACGUCAAAUACUUGAUCAGUUGGUGCAUGCAUGCAUUUAUACAUAUAUCUAUAUAUUUAAGAAUAUAUAGGUGUGUAGGCCGUUUUCUUCCUUAUUUGAUUCCUCAGAUUCUCAAAAUAUCCAAAAAUGGACAAGUACGAGGUUGUGAAAGAGUUGGGAGCUGGAAAUUUUGGCGUAGCCAGGCUUAUGAGACACAAAGAAACCAAGGAGCUUGUCGCCAUGAAAUACAUCGAGCGUGGACACAAGAUUGAUGAAAAUGUGGCCAGGGAAAUUAUUAACCACAGAUCACUUAGACAUCCCAAUAUAAUUCGUUUCAAAGAGGUCGUUUUGACGCCAACACAUUUGGGGAUUGUUAUGGAGUAUGCAUCUGGUGGUGAGCUUUUCGAUCGAAUUUGCACUGCGGGUAGAUUUAGUGAAGAUGAGGCUAGGUACUUCUUUCAACAGUUGAUAUCUGGAGUCUGUUAUUGCCACUCCAUGCAAAUAUGUCAUAGAGAUUUGAAAUUGGAGAACACACUGUUAGAUGGAAGUCCAGCUCCCCGCCUCAAAAUCUGUGAUUUUGGUUAUUCCAAGUCAUCAGUGCUGCAUUCAAGACCAAAAUCCACAGUUGGAACUCCAGCUUACAUAGCACCAGAAGUUCUCUCCCGCCGAGAAUAUGAUGGCAAAUUGGCAGAUGUAUGGUCAUGUGCAGUGACACUCUAUGUCAUGUUGGUGGGAAGUUACCCCUUUGAAGAUUCAAAAGAUCCCAAGAAUUUUAGAAAAACUAUUUCAAGAAUAAUGGCUGUUCAAUACAAAAUCCCAGAUUAUGUUUAUAUUUCUCAAGAUUGUAGACACCUACUUUCUCGUAUUUUUGUUGCAAAUUCUUCGAGGAGGCUGACAAUAAAAGACAUUAAGAACCACCCAUGGUUCUUGAAGAACUUGCCAAGGGAACUCACUGAAUCAGCUCAGGCUGUCUACUAUAAGAGAGAUGAUCCAAGUUUUUCCCUUCAAAGCAUUGAAGAGAUAAUGAAAAUUGUUGAAGAGGCUAGAAACCCUCCUCCAGCAUCAAGGCCGAUUGCCGGAUUCGGGUGGGGAGUCGAAGAAGAAGAGUAUGAAGGAGAAUUAGAAGAGGUGGAAGAAGAAGAAGAUGAGUACGAUAGGCAAGUUAAGGCAGUACAUGCAAGUGGAGAAUUUUAUGUCAAUUCAAUCUAAGCAGUGAUCACAACAUUGAGUUCGAAGUUCUGAUUGAAUUGUACGACAUAUAAGCACGGAUAUUGUUGAACAUGCACUAGGAUUUACUUAUUUGAACUUUUUCAUUAUGUCAAGAGUACUUAUUCUUAUUG